CAAGCACAACACGCGAUCCCGCCCCCCCCCCCCCCAACACCACACGGCAAGGAAGAAGGCUCGUGUGUCCGCCCCGCGGCCCCCUCCGAAAGAUCUUCUGCUUCUCCGGGCUAGUUGAUGGCGAUGAGCUGCGGGGGGCAGGACGGCGGGUGGCUGCUGGACUACGGUCUCAUGGAGGAGGAGAUCCAGGGAGCGGAGUUCAUGUACAUGGUAGACGACCCGGCCGUCUCCAGUGUGAUACUGGGGUUCGAUGCGCCCAGGAAGGAGGACGGCGUCCAGGACAACUCCGGCUCCAAGAAAAGAUCCCGGCCAGAGUCCAGCGCGCCACCCGGCACCAAGGCUUGCCGGGAAAAGCUCAGGCGAGACAGGCUGAACGAAAGGUUCAACGAGCUCUGUGCCAUUUUGGAACCCGGGAACCCACCAAAGGCUGACAAAGUCGCCAUUCUAAGCGAUGCUGCUCGUCUUCUGGGCCAGCUGCGUGCCGAGGCUCAGAAGCUCCGGAUAUCAAAUGAAUCACUCCAGGAAUCCAUCAAGAGCCUCAAGGCUGAGAAAUCCGAGCUGCGAGACGAGAAGACGAGAUUGAAGGCCGAGAGGGAGAGGCUGGAGCAGAUGCUCAAGGGCGUCAGCGCAGCAGCUGCUCCGGUGCCGUUCGUUCCACACCCCAGCGCAGCCACUGUGGCACCGUCGUUCCACCCGGCGGCGUUUGCUCAGACUGGCAAGUACGUCCCGUACGCCAGCUACCCGCCGCCGGCUGCGUUCUGGCAGUGGAUACCGCCGACGUCCCUCGACACGUCCAAGGACCCCGUGCACUGGCCGCCGGUCGCGUAAUUAGAUGAUCAUGGCUUUAUUGGUCGAUGAUGUAAUAGAAUGUAUUGAUCUUGCUUGUUGGUUUAGAAGAUUGACCAAAGCAUGCCUGAAGAAAAACUUCAGGUGCUGAUUGUGUAGCAGUUUUUAUGCUUGUGUCGUGGAUAAUGAUCAAGAGUGACUGGAAAUACUAAAAUUCAGGUGAUCAUUGCCGAUUGGAGAAGUCUA